UUAUUUUCAGAGUCUCUUCGCUCAGAAGAAGAAUCACGCAGCUUUAAAAUGGAUGUAUAAAAAUUGACAUGGCCGAUAAAAAUACCUUAAUUUUUCUGAUUCUAGUAGGAAUACAAGAGUCUACAGCAGUGACCCACUCUCUGAAGUAUUUCUACACGGCAUCUUCAGGAAUAGAAAACUUCCCAUCAUACGUCUCUGUUGGGUUGGUGGAUGAAGUUCAGAUAAGUUACUGUGACAGCAGAACAAAUAAAAAUAUUCCUAAACAGGAUUGGAUGAAUGAAGUGAGUUCAGAAUAUCCAAAUUACUGGAAGGAGGAAACAGAGACAUGUCUGGCUAAACAGCAAACCUUCAAAAUCAGCCUAGAAAUUGCCAAAAAACGUUUCAACCAGACUGAAGGAGAACACAUAUAUCAGCAGAUGUAUGGCUGUGAGUGGGAUGAUGAGACUGGAGAGGUCAAAGGUUAUGAUCAGUUUGGUUAUGAUGGAGAAGAUUUAAUCACACUGGACCCAAAGACACAAGAAUGGAUCGCUCCAAAACCAGAAGCUGUCAUCACCAAACUCAAGUGGGAUAAUAAUAGAGCUGCUGUAGAACAUGAGAAUGAGUACUUAACUCAGACAUGUGUUGAGUGGCUGAAGAAAUAUGUGAACUAUGGGAGGAGCUCACUGAUGAAAACAGAUCGUCCCUCAGUGUCUCUCCUCCAGAAGAAUUCAUCCUCUCCAGUCAGUUGCUUCGCUACAGGUUUCUACCCCAACAGAGCUGAAAUGUUCUGGAGGAAAGAUGGAGAGGAGAUUCAUGAUGGUGUGGAAAAAGGAGAAAUCAAGCCCAACAAUGAUGGAACCUUCCAGAUGAAUGUUAACAUCGAUCUGUCAUCUGUUGCAACUGGAGACUGGAUCAAGUAUGAAUGUGUGUUUCAGCUCUCUGGUGUCAAUGACAUCACCAAUAGACUGGAGAAAACAAGAAUCUUGACCAAUGAACCACCAAAUACCAGCAUUGUGAUCAUCAUCGCUGUUGCUGUUGUUUAUGUGACUGUCUAUGUUCCCAUUGCUGUGAUUGGAUUCAUUAUUUACAAGAAGAACAACGCCAGGCGUCCACCUUCUCCUGUGGUGAACGGUCGGCCUCCAGAAGAAACCAGAUUCCUUCGACAAGCAUGAAAAAACCAAAACAGGUCAACACCAAGAAGUGAGUUGAUGAAUGUUGAACAAAGCAAACAUAUAGAAAAUAAUUAAGUAAAAGUACGUGCAAGAACAAAGAAUAAAUAAA